AUGAGGGGCCGUAAGAAGGUCAAGCCCGCUCUGGCGACGGUCGCAUUCUCCUCGGUCUCGGUCCCGUACCGACUACCCGCCUCCCUGUCAGCACCUUCACCUCUUCCUCCACAUGCGGUGUCGUUACGGAAACGAAGGUAUGUACCAAGCGUUAGUUGCUCGUCCAGCAUCCCGCAGCAUCCGUCACCUUCUCCACCACCGUCAGCUCCCGGCCGGGACAGUAGCCUCCACACUGGGCGAGGGGCAUUCGCGCCGGCGCCGGUAAUACCGGCUGCGAAGGCUCCGGCUGCGGAGGCGGUACCACCAGACGCGGUGGUGGAGGUGGCGGAGGUGGCGGUCGUGGCAGUGGUGGCGGCGGUGGGUGGUGUUGGUGCGACAGCAAUCUCUGGCGGCGAAGUAGGGACCCUCGGGUUGAGGGGUCGCUGGUGUCGCGGGAUAGAUUCAUGA